AUGUCCCGUCAACUCACGAGAAGUCGUAACGUCAUCCGAAAAUACCUCGCCGACCCACUCCAUUACGAGAAGAAGCUGAAGGAGUCUGCUGGAAGACCGAGAAAGCUGACUUCACGUCAAGAACGCAGCAUCUUGAAAUCAGUCUCCAACUCGCCCAAAAGUCUGAACGAUGUGAAGAACGAACUCAAGCUGCCAGUCCACAAGAGUACGGUGGGCAGAAUCAUCAAAAGAAGUGGAGUCAUCGUUCGUCAGAAGAUGGCCAAAGUUCCGAAGAUGACUGAUGCCCACAAAGCAGCACGUCUCAAUUUCGUGAAGAAUAAUUUGACUACGAAAUGGGAGAACAUCGUGUUCUCCGAUGAAAAGAAGUGGAAUCUCGACGGUCCUGAUGGCAACAGGAACUACUGGAGAGAUCUCCGAAAAGAUCCGCAGCUGUUCUCCAGGCGCAACUUUGGCGGCGGCUCUGUUAUGACUUGGGGCGCUUUUUGCAAUGGAAAAAAGCUCGAACUGCAAUUCAUCACCACGAAGGAGAAUUCUGCCACGUACCAAGCAACUCUCCAAAAGGCCGUGGCUCCGUUCUUCCGCAACAGACGCCACACCCACACUUUCCAACAGGACAACGCAUCUAUCCACACGAGCACCUCCACGAGGAACUGGUUCGUCUCGAAACGAAUUAAGGUGCUCGAAUGGCCAGCAUGCAGUCCGGAUCUAAACCCCAUUGAGAACAUCUGGGGCAUCCUCGUUCGCCGGGUCCAUCGAAACGGGAGGCAAUUCAAGACCGUGCAGGAGCUCAAGGACGCAAUCCAGGCUGAAUGGGACGCUCUCACUGAUGCCGAAUUGAAGAAUCUUGUAGCCAGCAUGUCGAGCAGGAUCGUUGAAGUGAUUCAAAACAACGGCGGAGAGACUAAGUACUGA